CGGGAGGGUGCGCGCGCAGGUCCGCGCUCGCGCAGCGCAGCUUCCCCUCAGCGUUGGGGGGGGCAGUGGAGGCGGCGCCAUCUUGGCGGAGCCGUGCCGGGAGCUGCGGCGCUCGUCCGAGCGGCGUGUCCGUUAAGUUGAUUUUACAGAAUUUAUCAGGUCUCCAAAGCAGAAACAGGUGAUUUUUGCUGUGGGUUGAGCUCAGCAUGGCUGUAGUCAUCCGUUUACAGGGGCUUCCUGUUGUUGCGGGUCCUCCAGAUAUUCGUCGUUUCUUCUUGGGAUUGAAUAUUCCCGAUGGAGGUGUGCAUAUUAUUGGAGGAGAGAUUGGGGAGGCUUUUAUUAUAUUUGCAACAGAUGAAGAUGCACGGCGUGCCAUGAGCUGUUCGGGAGGGUUUAUCAAGGACUCGCGCAUAGAGCUCUUUCUCAGCAGCAAGGCAGAGAUGCAGAGUACCAUAGAAAUGAGCCGGAAACGAUUUGACCGCGGGGGACGAGAAACUAUGUCUGGCUCUAGAAGAACAGGUACUAAUGGUUCUAGUACAUCAGGUGUUGGAGAUAUACCACAUUUAGUUACAGCUUCUCCAAAAGGAAUAAGAAAACCUAGUUACGGACCACCAAAUCGCCUGGAGGCUGGUUUCCACACCAAUGGCACAAGAUACGGUGAUAUGGGUAUACCUAAGUCAAACUAUCAGUUAAGAAAGGAUUCCCACCUGUUUAACCCGGAUGAUCGUUACUUAUUUCUACGUGGUAUACCUUACUCUGCAACAGAAGUUGAAGUACGUGCUUUCCUUUCGGGGAUACGUGUGGAUGGAGUGAUUCUGAUAAAGCACCGCAAUGGUUUAAACAAUGGUGAUUGCUUGGUAAAAUGUGCUACACCUGGUGAUGCCUUAGAAGGACUUAAACGUCAUAGACAGUACAUGGGUCAGAGGUUUAUAGAAAUCAGUCCCACUACAGAGGAACGGUGGAUUGAAUGCGGUGGGCGGAUAGACGUGCCAGAUGAAAUGGAUCACUUUUUGUGUGAAGACCAUUCUCCAAGAAGUUCAGGCUACAUGCAUUCAAGGAAGCAUUCUCGUUCAAGGUCACCAAGGAGACAAAGAACACAUUCUCGUUCAUCUCCUGGCCAGGAAUAUUACAUACACUUAAGAAAUCUAUCUUUUAAUGUGGAAAAGAGAGAUUUGAGAGAUUUUUUUCCUGAACUGGAUAUACACAGCAAACAGAUUAAGAUUCUAACAGAUAAGCAUCAGAAAAGGACUAGAGAUGCCUUUGUGGUGUUAAGGAGCGAGAGAGAAUAUCAGGCUGCUUUGGAAUGUCAUAGAAAGGUUCUUCUCAAUCGUCCUGUGUACAUUUUUCCAAUUUCAAGAAAGUCAAUGUUGAAAAUAAUUGACUCUUGUGAGAGGAAAAGAUCACCGGACAGAGAUCAUUUUGGACAGGCCAUAUCAGAAAAAAGUUACCGGGAAGGUCAUUCCAGCCCUAAGAAUUGUGUUUAUGUAAGGAAUUUUCCAUUUGAUGUGUCAAAAAUUGAAGUGCAGAAGUUCUUUUCAAGAUUUGAUAUUGAUGAAGAUGAUAUUUACUUGCUCUAUGAUGAAAAAGGAGUUGGACUGGGAGAAGCACUAGUGAAGUUUAAAUCCGAAGAACAAGCUAUGAAAGCAGAAAAUUUAAACCGUCAAACAUUUUUGGGAACAGAAGUCUUAAUAAGACUUAUAUCUCAAGAUCAGAUGCAGAAGUUCGGUGUUGCUGCAUCAUUAUCUGCACCAAAUGAAAUGCAUGGUCAUUCACAUCCGUAUGACAGAGGUGACCUCUCCCGUCCAGUUGGUUCACCAUCUGGGCCACCGCAAGGGCCACCCAUGCAUUCUUUUGGUCCCCCUGGGAACUUCAGGCAUCAUUCUGAAUUUAGACAUCCCCCUGAGGACUUCAUGUGCCCUCCUAAGGAUUUUAGGGGUCCACCACCCCUCAUGGAUUUUGGUGGUGACAGUGAACCUUUUGGCAGAAUGGAGUUUGGGAAUAAUAAAAUGGGAAAUUUUCCUGAAGGAAGAUUUAUGCCAGAUCCAAAUUUCAGUGGUGGUUCUGAACGUGUUGUUCCUAUUCUGUUGAAAAAUUUACCUUUUAAAGCUACUCCUAAUGAGAUUCUGGACUUUUUCUAUGGCUAUAGAGUGAUACCGGAGUCAGUUUCUGUGCAGUACAAUGAACAAGGAUUACCUUCUGGUGAUGCCAUUGUUGCUAUGACAAACUAUGAGGAAGCUAUGGCUGCUAUUAACGAACUGAAUGAUAGGCCCAUUGGUCCACGGAAAGUUAAGUUAAGUUUGCUGUAAAGGAGGAAAAGAUGCUCUAAUAACACAUUCUAGGUUUGCCAGUAUUGACAGUUAUUUUAACUUUUAAUUACUGGAAGAUGCAAAACAAAGUUUCCAUCAACGGUUGUAAAUAAUACCCAGUUCAGUUGUUUAGCUCUUGGUUGAAAUACCUGUAGGACAUUGACUGUCAUACAUAAGGUAUAAAAGGAUGGAGUUGUAAUGCUUUGGGUUUUUUUUUAAGAUUAAUUCCAGUCUUAUGUCUUUGCAUCAAAUAAAAACAUAAGUGCUGGCUGACCAGCACAAACGGUUGACUAGCUGACCACACAAACGGUUCAAAUAGAAGAUUUUCAGUGCUACCUGCAUUAGUAAAUGACACUUCUUACUGAGGUUAGCUUAAUAAAAUUUUGAAAUUACUGAUUUUUUUUUUGGUUUCCUUUUGUGUAAACUUUUCAGGUUUUAUUCGGUUUCAUAUGUUUGCAGGCAUUCCUGUUUUAAGAGCUUGCUGUUCUCAUUAGCUGGCUUUGCAACUUUUUUAAAAUAAAAAGGAAAAUGCCAUUU